UAAGUAACCGUAUAGGCAAGGUAAGAUCACACAUACAGUAUAUACAGUGUGUUUGUUAUAAGAGUGGGUGUGUUUACUUUCUAGUUCAUUUUGGUGGAUUACAGACACGAUGAGGAUAGCCUGUUUAGUAAUAGCGGCAUGUGCUUGCGCGUGCGUAGUAGCAGAACCAGCAAUAAAUGAAGUUAGGCCAGUAUCAAAUCGACCGGGAAGAUUCCUCUCACUGCCAAAUCCACAAAAAUGUGCAAAUAGGCCGAAACAAUUCUUCUUUAGAGGUCACAACUAUUUCUUCAGUGGUAGCAUACCAGAGUUAGCAAAUAGGAAAGUAGACUGGUUAGAUGGUAGGAAUAUCUGCAGAGAGUACUGCAUGGACUUGGUAUCCAUGGAAACGCAAGAAGAAAAUAACAUGAUAUUUAGACUGAUUCAACAAAAUGAUGUUCCGUACAUCUGGACUGCCGGUCGAUUAUGCGACUUCAAAGGAUGCGAAAACCGUCCUGAUCUCGAACCUAAGAACAUCUUCGGAUGGUUCUGGUCCAACAACAGAGAAAAGAUCCAACCCACCAACAGAACUCCCAACGGCUGGAGUUACAACCCAUGGUCCCAAACCGGACACAAGAAACAACGUCAACCAGACAAUGCUGAAUUCGAUAUCAACAGAACAUCAGAAUCUUGUUUGUCCAUCUUGAACAACGUUUACAACGAUGGCAUCGCAUGGCAUGAUGUAGCUUGCUACCACGAGAAGCCUUUUGUUUGCGAAGACUCCGAUGAAUUGUUGAACUACGUGUCAUCCACGAAUCGUGGACUUCGUUUGUAAAUUUUGUCUUUUCCUUAAGAUUGUUAUAGUUUUCAAGAUUUUAAUCAAAAAUAGUGAAUCAAAAUUUAAAAUGAUAAUGCAAGAGAUAUCUGCAAAGAGAGAUGUAUAUUUAAUAUGAGAUUGUUAGUAUAUUUAUAAUUGUCGAUCAUUCCAUAUUUUAUUUAAAUUUAUAACAUUUGGUAUUCUAAAAGAUUUAGAUAUUGAAUUGAGUGCCGUCAUCAAAACAUAAAAUUUAGAUCUGGUCAAAAACUACAAAAUUGUGAAAUUAAAAUAAAAGUAGUUAAUUAUUUGUACGAAGAAAUUAUUUCAAACUAACCUAGGGUACUUUUUUUUCUUCUUGAUACGUGUAAAUUGCUCUCACAGGAACAAGUAUGUUGACUAAGACAAAAUUCACUACAUAAAAGGGUAGCGAUUAGCUUGUUUAAGUUAAUGGAAUAAACAAAAAUGAAUGUCUCAAUAAACUCUAAAAUCACAACAGUAAGAGUUUAACUAAAAAGCAAGAAAAUUAAAAGUAGAUGACCAAUACAAGACAUGAAAUAAAAAGCCAAAAACAAGGAUAGAGUCAACAUUUAGACAAAAUAAGAGAAUUUUUUUGUUCUGUACAUUUUACUAGAUAUUUAUUAAUUGCGAAUGGUGGUACACUUCCAGUUAUUAUUACUCUUUUGACGCUUGUUUUCCAUUUUUUGUCUCUGAGUUGCACGUGUUUACUCGGUUUAAUAAAGUGGAACCUUGGUGGCACACAAUUUCUUUUGCUCUCCUUUUUUGUCUGGACCACUAGCGUACCCAUAUUAUCGGCGGAGAUAAUAAAUGACAAAAGUAAUUUAAUAUCUUUGUAAAUAUUAAGCUUAAGAGACGCCUUGGAUUGUUAACCUCCUCAAGAACUGAUGUAUUUGACUGUCCGUAUUCAAACGGCUUAUACUUGUCGUAUUGACGCUGUAAGCAGGACAAUUCUAUUAGUUGUUACUCUUCAUCUGUUGAAAGUGUAGAAGGUGUAGCCGAUUUAAAAGGACUUCUAACCAAGUUAUAUUCCUUCAGAUUAAUUAUAGCAAGUGCUUUAUUAGCGAUUAAGCAUUAUUUUUAAAGAGGAAUCAAGGAUUUUUCUUGUAAAAUACCUCGUAAAGCAGAGAAACAGUUAAUUCCUUGAUCUUCAAAUGUUAUCUUCUAUAAGAGCAACUUGGAGCAUUGAUUUUGAUGAGAGUCUGUAGUCAUCCAUACUGUCCAGACAUAAAUCAGUGAUCCUCCAUACACACACUCACACAGUUUUUCCAAUUAAUAUUAUUUUCGGUCGUAUAUGAAUUAAAAUCUCAAAUAAAUUUCACAUAUUUCACUUUCACAUAUUUUUCUGUAAAAUAACAAAUCCUCACUUUCAUUUGUACCGUACGUAACGAAUUGAGCCAUGCUUUGGUAAGAGCUGAUGCUCUCGAUACCAAAGCUGUGGACUGAUGUUACAAAAUGCAAAAAGCAAUUUUCUUGCAAAGAAGUAUCUCGAUUGAGCUUGUAAAUGACUGCUAGUCGCUUUCAAAUGCCGUUUUAGAUUAUUACGAAACAGACUUUCAGUUCUCAGUUUGGGAAACUCUGUCCUAUUUUAUAUCUCAAAUACAUCAUAAGAAUAUUGAGAUAAACAAUGACAGUAUUUUGGAGAGGUUUGACAUUGCUGUUCUGCCAUCUGAAUACGUAGUAGAAUUUUUUGUUCACAGUUCACUACCCAGAAUUAUUUUACUACAUACUAUAUGCUUUGAAAAUACACACCAAAUAAUAAAAACUUUGAUUAGUUACAUCAUUAAAUUAUAAAUUAUUUGAUCAAACUAGCAUCGAAAUGUAAUGGUCUCUGUUAUAUUACGGAUAAAUAAUUAAAUAGUUCUUCAAUACUACUAUUUAUGUGAAUUUUAUGUAGAAUAUUGUAUACACGAGAGGAAUUGUCAGCGAAAACCAUUGAAAAAUUACCAGAAAUUUACCUGACCAGUAAAAAGUACAAAUUUAUUAUUUUAGGAAAAUAUAAAAACAAAACCAUCUAAAUAUGCUUGUAGAUGAUUAACAGUUACAUGCCAAAAUAUAUGAAGGUUUUGUGAACUUAACCAGAAGGCAAAACAGUGCUUUCGCUUCAAAUAGUGUAAUUUGUAUCUUAUAUUUAACUUAUACUUACUUCUACUCAAUAAUAUUUGAUAUUUAUACUUAGAACCCAAAGUUUACUAAUGCUUUAUACCAAGUUUAGUGUUUCUUCUACUAGUCUUCAUUGUCUUAAUAAAAGAAAUUUGUGAUUCUUUGAUUGAAUAUGUAUAUAAGUGUUACCGUCUAUAUUGUGAGCAUUUUGUUUGUCAUAAAUAAUGAAAUGUAACGAAUUUGUGUUUAUUAACUGUCAAGUUUGUAGCCUUUUUACAUAAUGUCACUAAAACAAAUUUUCAUCACGCUUUUAACAGCUUUAAUAAAAAAAAUUAAAUUAUGUACAAACUUCUACAUCUAGUUUAGUGAGGAAACUAUUUGUAAUGCAAUUUACAAUCAUCUUAUAAAAAAAUCAAUCUUAAUUUGUUGAAUCUUGAAAACUAUAACAAAUAAAAAAAUCUUUGUACUUAAAAAUUUUAUUUACUCAUUCUCUUGUAUCAUCAUAAGAAAUUAAUGAUUAAUUAGAACGUCGUAAUAUGUCUCGUAAAUCACUUCCUCUUCUUUAUGAUCAAGAUUAAUGUUUUCUUAUUUUGCGCAAGAAGGAAAUAUACCAAUAUAAAUUGUUGGCCGUUAAACGUUUAUUUUAUCGUUAUGUCCUCACAUGAAAUGCAAUCUAUCUGUUUAAUUUCUUUUCUGUCUUUAUAUCAUAAAAACUGUAAAAUAUUUGUAUAUUUAUUUUUGUAAUAGUUUACUUUAAAUUUAUUUUUAAAGGUAUUAGUAAUAGGGUUGAACUUACGCAAAAUUGGUUAGUAACGGUAUCCAAAUUUUUCCUGUUUAGUUGAGUAAAUAAAUGUAAAUAUCUGUUAUGUGUAUAUUUAUAAAACACAUUGGUAAUAUGUACAAGAACAGUAAUUUUCACGAGUGACCGUAUACUUUAUAUAGUUUUAUGUGAAAAAUUGCUCAUGAUAAAAAAGUUUUUAUGCAUAUUUAGCUAUUUAGUUAAUAGUUCUUACUCCAAAUUUUAAUGUACGUUUAAAUUAAUUGUGUGAUCAAAUCAACUCUAUUAAAUACCUUAAUAAUAAAAGUUAUUAACUUUA